UGGUGCAUCUCUCAGGGUGAAGGCGGAAGUUUGCGGAUUCGUGGUGGAAAAAAAAAAGUUCCAUUAUUUUUUUUUUCUCGCCCGUGUGAAAAGUUUGUAUUUUCUCGGCUCUUAUGAGACUGUAGCGUAGCUUUUUAACGGACCCAAAGACAACGCUACAUCGUGAAAGUGCAGCUAAAGCUUAAGCUAGCAGGGACGUGUACUUCUGCAGAAUGGGGAUUGAGCCAGGCCCAGUUCAGAUUGUUGAGGUGUCUAAGGAUAAUCACUCCUUCACGUUGAACACCGAGGCUUUGGCUCAGAUUCUGUUGGCUCCAGAGGUCCGUGAGAAACAUGUGGUGGUGCUGUCGGUGGCCGGAGCAUUCAGGAAGGGGAAAAGCUUCCUCCUCGAUUUCAUGAUCCGUUACAUGCACAGGAAGGGUGAUGAGAACUGGCUGGGUCAGGAUGAAGAGGAGCUGACCGGGUUCUCUUGGAGAGGUGGUUCAGAACCGGAGACAACGGGCAUCCAGCUGUGGAGCGAGGUUUUCUCUGUCCAAAAGAGCGACGGAACAGAGGUGGCUGUGGUUCUGAUGGACACUCAGGGAGCGUUCGAUGACCAGUCAACGGUGAAGGACUGCGCCACCAUCUUUGCUCUGAGCACCAUGACCAGCUCCGUUCAGAUCUACAAUAUCUCACAGAACAUCCAAGAGGACGAUCUGCAGCAGCUGCAGCUGUUCACAGAAUACGGUCGUCUCGCCAUGGAUGAGAUCUUUCAGAAGCCUUUUCAGUCGUUGAUGUUUCUGGUCAGAGACUGGAGCUUUCCCUACGAAUACAGCUAUGGGUUUAAAGGAGGGAAGGAAUUCUUGGAUAAACGGUUACAGGUGAAAGAAGCUCAACAUGAAGAGCUGCAGACGGUGAGGGAACACAUCCAUUCUUGCUUCACCAAUCUUUCCUGCUUCUUGUUGCCUCACCCUGGGCUGAAGGUUGCCACCCAUCCUGCUUUUAAAGGACAGCUUCGUGAUGUGGCCCCAGAUUUCAAAGAGCAGCUGGAGGUUCUGAUUCCCAAACUGCUGCAUCCCAAAUACCUGGCUGAGAAAGAAAUAAAUGGAAACAAAGUCACGUGCAGAGGCCUGCUUGAGUUCUUCAAGGCCUACAUUAAGAUUUACCAAGGAGAGGAUCUUCCACAACCAAAGACUAUGCUCAUGGCUACAGCAGAGGCCAAUAACCUGGCAGCCGUGGCAGCAGCUAAAGAUCAGUAUAACAAGAACAUGGACAAGAUUUGUGGAGGAGACCUGCCUUAUAUGGAUCCCAAGUCGCUGGAGGAGAAGCAUCAUUUUUUCUACGGAGAAGCCAUCCACACUUUUGCAUCCACCAAGAAAAUGGGCGGGCAGGAGUUUUGUGAUCGCUACCAACACCAGCUAGAACAGGAGCUGGAGGAGACGUGGACGUCUUUCAGCAAACAGAACGAGGCUAAAAACCUCUUCAGCGCCUUCCGAACUCCAGCCGUGCUCUUCGUGGUGAUCUGCCUCCUCUACAUUCUGUCCGGCGUGUUGUUCUUCGUCGGCCUGACCACCUUCGCCUUGGUGUGCGACUGCUCCCUGGGCGUGGCCAUGAUGGCCAUGCUGGCGUGGGCCUUCAUCCGCUACACCGGCCGGUACCAGAGUAUGGGCGGAGCCAUCGACCAGGCCGCGGGUGUCGCUCUCGAGCAGGCCACCGUGGUGUUGAACAACUACAGAGGCGCAGACGUCAGUAAGCAGAAGAAAUCCCGCUGAAGGACCUCUGAACCUCUCACAGCCUCUCAGUUGAAACACACGACACAAGCACACGUUCAGCACUAAAGCCUUAUCAUCCCUCCACCACAUGGACUCUGGGUAACAACACACCAGCAUCUGUGUUCUGCAGAUCUUACAGCCCGUCCAGGGCUCAAAGGCAGUGACUUCAACAUCCUCCCAUCGGUCGUAUUUCCAUAAAACACUGCCGUUCUUUCACAAGUUUACAAGUCGGACUUCGAAGACGAGUCUCUGUUUACCCUUAAACUUCAUAAUCAUUCAGUUUUUAAUAACUGCGGCUGAAUAUAGCUGGUAGCUGGGCUGCUUUUGAGCUUCUGCUGUUCAUCUUUAAGACACUUUGUAACGUUUCUACUUCGGUUUUUACUCACAACUUUAAAACAUUCCAUUCUGUUCAUAGAUUUGCUUUAAAACGGUCAAAACUUUCCUGUAGGACAGAUUUUCUUCCUUCUGGAGGGAGAAACUAUAUGCACUUUCUAUGCAUAACGAUGCUGCAGAUUUAAACUUUAAAAUACUGCAUGUACUUAAAGUCUUUUCAUUUUUUCCAUUCAUUCCUUAGUAGAGCAAUGUUACACUGUAGUACUAAACAAUAGGCACAAUGCUUGAGAAUGCAUUUUAUUGUGAAAUAUAGGAAGUUUUUUUUUGAGCAACGAUCUGUCGACCAAAGAGUUAGCUUUAAAUGUUUUAAUUAUUCUGUUUACUCCAUUCGUUGCAUGUGUGAGUGGAUAUAAGCUAAAGUACACACUAGGGAGUAAUCGGAAACACUUAUUGUUGAAUUUAAAUGAGGAAAAAAUAGACAUGUCCAUUAACACAAAAAUAAUAUGUUUCAUUCGUGUGCACCCUGACUUGGAACCAUGUUCAAACAGACCAAAAAGCAAAAUAAACCAGCAGUAAAUGACUAUAGCAGCUCCAGGUGAUGGUCGCACAGGUGUGUUAAUAGAUUUAUAAGGCCAGGUCAAAAAUAAUACAAAUAUAGUCGUUUAACUUGUGCUUUUAUCUCAGCCUAAUGACUUCCAGUGUUAAAGGUAGCUAUCAGUGCUGCACUCAUUUUUCACUAUUACAGAAAGCUCAUAUUGCCGCUUUGCGGCUGCUAGUUAAUAGGAUAUUUAAGCAGUUUAGUCUUUUUUUUUCUUCUUUUCUUUUUUUUUUGAUAAGUACACAAAAUAAAGCUUUCAUUCCACA